UUUUGAAGAUUUGGUGCGGAAAAGCUGUUGCACCGAUGCUCUCAGUAUGCUGUGUUUGUUUGGUAGCAGAUGGAAAAGCAUUCUUUUCAGUAUGUCGGAAACUCACCAGAAGAACUUGGCCCUAUACAUACUGUGCAUCCUGUUGACGUGUUUCAUCCUGUUUCAAGUUUUUGUAAGUGAAAACGUCACCACCGAACAGCUGCAUAGCCGGAAGCUCAUCGAAGAGCGGCCGAAACAACGGCAAUAUGAAGAGCUUUCCAAUGAAGUCGGUGUAAACAUUGCGUCAAAUGUGCAAUGUUUUAAAGAACUGGAAGAACUCAACGAGCGAAUCUUUCUCUUAGAACAGCUCAACUUUGACAAACUUGGACCAACCGAUUAUGCUUCGCGUAUUUUUGGUGGCGAGGUGGUUUCGGCAGUUACAACGUCGCGGCACGGAAACUCGAUUAUGAGCAGAGUGCGCUCUAUGAUAUGGUCCAUCAAUGAUAACUAUUAUCAAAUGCAGUGCAUCAUACAGGACUGUGGCACUUGCUAUGCGUUGGAAGGAAGCUCCGGAACGAUAGUGCUGAAGCUAGCAAAGAAUGUACACGUGAACGCCAUUACAAUAGAACACAUUCCGAAAUCAUCGUUACCGAUCAAAACGGACGUCUAUAGUGCCCUAAAAGAAUUUUCAGUUUGGGGUUCAAACAAUCCUAGUAACACAGGCAAGGAAACUUAUUUCGGCACAUUCACCUUCGACUACAUGACGACAUUUUUGGAAACGUUUGAGUUUGAUUUGGACCGCGAAGUGCCUAGCGUUCGUUUCGUACGAAUUGACAUUCAUUCUAAUCAUGGUGAAAAAUUCACUUGUAUCUACAGGAUUCGUAUUCACGGAACGCCCGAGUAACAAUCUACUUAAAAUGGAACUAUUGUCUCUUCAGUUGAGUUAAGAUACAGGGACUAAAUUUUUUUCCAAAAUUCAGUACAUCCAACAGAUUUGAGACAUUUUUUGAUAUCAGGAUAUAAUUUUUUGAGAGGAUUUAAAAUUUGAUUUAUCUUUUUCUAGCUAGAAACACCAAAAAUUUCUUUCUGUUUGAUGUUUCUGAAUAACUUUUUAUCCAAAAAAUUGUGUACCUCAUACUUGUAUUAAAAUAAUCCCAAAAAUACAUUAAAAUAGAUUUUUUCGACAGCAA